GUUUUAAUUUUUUUACUACUUUUUACAUUCAAGUUCUAGACAUCUUAUAACUCUUGUUUUUAUUACAGUUAUUGCAGAGCUCGGUGUAUAAGAAUAGCAAAAGAAUAAGUGUUUAUCUAAGCAGGGACAUUGAGAUUGACACUAGAUCAAUUUUAAGGAGUAUAUUUUCCUCUGGAAAAGAGUGUUUCAUUCCAAAAUAUGAUUCAAAGUCAACCAAUAUGGAAAUGGUGAAACUAAAUUCACUAGAUGAAUUUGAAAAUUUACCUGAAACCUCCUGGAAAAUAAAGCAGCCCUUAGAUUCAGAUGUUUCUCAUGAAAAUGCUUUAAAUUCAGAUGGCUUAGAUCUUAUAAUUGUGCCAGGCAUAGGCUUUACCAAAAAUGGUGAUCGUAUAGGCAAUGGGAAAGGUUACUAUGACAUUUACCUCAAUCGAUGCAGAGAGAAAUUUGGUAAUCGAUUUUCAACAAUAGCAUUAGCUUUUCGAGAACAAGUUGUUCCUAAUAUACCUACUUCUGAGAAUGAUGUAAAGAUUGAUCAG